AUGGCUUCAAAUAGCGCAGGUAGCAAUUUUUGGCUCGGUGAUCUUUCAAGUGGCGAUGAAAGUCCCUUCGACGACGAAGAAGAAGAAAAUGAUGUAAGUAUAAGUGAAAAUGUUGAGCAAAGCGAACACAACACUAAGUCUGAGCAGGAAUGGUCUGAAUCAGACGAAGAUAGUUCACUACAAGAACAGUUAAAUGAGAGAUAUUUUAUUGGAAAGGACAAGACAACAAAAUGGAAAAAAAUGAGACCCAAUCUUCAGACGCGAGUACGAUCGGAAAAUAUAAUAAAACUUCUUCCUGGAACUAAAGGCGACGGUCGCCAUGCCAAAACUGAAAUUGAAUGCCUAAAGUUAUUCAUAACAGAUGCUGUCAUCGGUGUUGUAACUUGCUGCACAAACAUAUGGAUUCAAAAAAAUAGAAAUGAGUACAAGAGAGAUCGGGACACAAGGGAUACAAACGAAACGGAGAUUCGUGCUGUGAUUGGUAUUCUCUUUUUGAUUGGAACAUUCAAAAGUUCUAGAAAAAAUACACACAAAAUUUGGGAUAAUACAAGAGGAAACGGAAUCGAAGCUUGUUAUCUAGCAAUGAGUGAAAAGAGAUUUAGAUUCCUCUUGAGGAGUUUAAGAUUUGACGACUAUAGGACUAGAAAUGAAAGAAGAGAAAUUGAUAAACUAGCACCAAUUAGAGAACUUUUCGAAAUUUUUUUGAAUAACUUUCAAAAUAAUUUUAUUCCUAGUGAAUAUCUAACGGUUGACGAACAAUUGCUAGCUUUUAGAGGCCGAUGUGCGUUUAAGCAAUACAUACCUAGCAAGCCAGCAAAAUAUGGUAUAAAAACUUUUGCGUUGGUUGACGCCAAAACUUUUUAUACUUUGAAUCUUGAGCCAUAUGUUGGCACCCAACCUGACGGCCCUUUCAAAUUCAAAAACAAUGGUGAAGAUGUCACACUUAGAAUGGUACAACCAGUUGAAGGAACAAAAAGAAACAUUACAGGAGAUAACUGGUUUACUAGCCUCUCACUUGUCAAUAAUCUCAAAAACAAAAAGCUAACGUAUACUGGAACCAUUCGGAAAAAUAGACGUGAGGUUCCUUCCGAGUUUUUGCCAAAAAAGAAUAGAGAGGAAUACUCGUCAAUAUUUGGUUUUCAAGAGGGCUGCACCAUUGUUUCCUACUGCCAAAAAAAAAAUCGCUGUGUUAUAUUGUUGUCUUCAAUGCAUAACGACAAUGCGAUCGACCCAAAUACUGGACCCCAAAAGAAGCCAGAGAUAAUAACAGAUUAUAACCAUACAAAAAUUGGUGUUGAUAUGGUUGAUCAGCUAUGCCAAAACUAUGAUGUGGCCAGGAAUACUCGUCGAUGGCCAAUGGUUAUAUUCUAUGAUCUGCUAAACAUUUCUGGCAUAAAUGGGCUCUGUGUAUACAAGGCAAACAAUUCGGAGAAGGUUACUAAACGAAGCAAUUUCAUAGAACAGUUUGCCUGGGAACUGAUCCGGCCUCAAAUUGCAGUCAGGGCAACAAUUCAACAAUUGCCAAAGGCUGAUCAUUUUGAAAAAACUAGAAGUACUAGGGGUGAAAGGAGUUUGUCUGCACCAUACAAAUCUAUAUCUGGGUCUGAGUCUGAGUGUGAUCCGUUUGAAACAGAUGGGAGUUCAUCUUGGCAUAAUGAUUACAUAGAAAAUUCAAGUUCCGAUGAAAUAAUAGAACAUCGAAAAGUAAACGAGAAUCCAAAGCCGAAAGUCAAGGCCAUUGAGGUAUGUAACGAGGGAUUGGGGGUAGACUCAAAAAGAGCUCAUGUUGAGAAAAAACAAAAAUCUGUGCAAAGAAAUCCAUGCAAGAGCUGCCAAAACAAAUGUGCUACUAGAUUAAGCCCGAAACGAAAGGAUUUAGAGAGUCUGCUGAAAAGAAAAUUAAUUCCUGAACGAUAUAUUCAAGAAUACGAGGAUAUAGUAAGUACAGUCGGUGAGAAACAAGACGAAUUACCAGAAACAGACGAAGAAGAUGAUUUAUCUGAAAAUUAUAAUCAUUAA